GCGCAGUGACAUGCUAGUCAGGAGCAGCCACCGUUACAGGAUUACGUUAUCUGCCAGGAUCCUGCCGGUUGCCCGAUGGCUGGACAGAAGCACAGUAAAUGCUGAGUUUUGCACUCUGCGAUUCCUUUUGCACCUCCCGUUUUCCCGAGGGCCUUUUAUUUUUUGUAGACCAGAAAUGGGCCGGCGGACAGUCUUGUGGCCCAAGGACUGGGCGUCUUUCUUAAAACCCUGGGUGGUAUUCUGGCUGGGGGUCUCCAUGCAUAUAUCCCAAUCCCUGGCGUGUCCCAGCGUGUGCCGCUGCGAUCGGAACUUUGUCUACUGCAACGAGCGGAGCUUAACCUCAGUGCCUCUUGGAAUACCGGAGGGCGUAACGGUCCUUUACCUCCACAACAACCAAAUUAAUAACGCCGGGUUCCCCGCGGAGCUGCAUAACGUCCAGUCGGUGCACACCGUUUACCUGUACGGCAACCAGCUGGACGAGUUCCCCAUGAACCUCCCUAAGAACAUCAGAGUUCUCCAUCUCCAGGAAAAUAACAUUCAGACUAUUUCGAGGGUGGCGUUAGCCCAGCUGCUCAAGCUGGAAGAACUGCACUUAGACGACAACUCUAUCUCCACGGUUGGGGUGGAGGACGGUGCGUUCCGGGAAGCCGUUAGCCUCAAGCUGCUGUUCUUGUCCAAAAACCACUUGAGCAGCGUGCCGGUGGGCCUUCCGUUAGGUUUACAAGAGUUAAGGUUGGAUGAAAACCGCAUCGCCACCAUUUCCGAACUGGCCUUCCAAAAUAUCACCGAUCUGGAACGCUUAAUUUUGGACGGCAAUCUCCUCACCAACAAAGGGAUUGCGCAUGGCACCUUUAGCCAUCUACCCAAGCUCAAGGAAUUUUCCAUGGUACGUAAUUCUCUGACCAGUCCUCCAACCGAUCUCCAGGGCACUUUUUUGGUGAAGCUGAACCUACAAGACAACCAAAUCAACCACAUACCGGUGUCAGCCUUUGCCAAUCUGCACAAGCUCGAGAGAUUGGACAUUUCCAACAACCGUCUUCAAAUGUUAACAAAAGGAGUCUUUGAUAACCUCACCAACCUGAAGCAGUUAACUGCCCGGAACAACCCCUGGUACUGCGACUGCAGCAUUCGGUGGGUUACGGAAUGGUUAAAAUCUCUUCCAGCAGCAAUCAAUGUUCGCGCUUUCAUGUGUCUGGCGCCGGAGCAUUUCAGGGGAAUGGCCGUGAGGGAACUCAACGUGAAUCUCUUAUCUUGUCCGACGACCACCCCUGGAUUGCCACCUACUACUCCUGUUCCUCCAACGUUGCCUCCGACCACAUAUCUCCCUACUCUGUUAGUCCCUACACCCACAGAAGUAACAACCGUUCCGACGCCCACCCCUUCCAUACCCCCUACCGUGCCUGACCCGCAGGUUGUCGUUGAGAAGGUCACCCCACCAACGCGAGAGCGACUCCAACUCUUCAUUCAUUUUGUUAAUGACACCUGCAUCCAGGUCAGCUGGCUGUCCUCCCUCUCCGUGAUCUCCUAUAAGCUCACUUGGGUUAAAAUGGGACACAGUUUGGUGGAGGGUAUAGUCCACGAGCGGGUGGUUAGCGGGGAGAAACAGCACCUGAGCGUUACCAACUUGGAGCCCAAGUCCACGUACAGGAUUUGCUUGGUCCACCUGGAUGCUUUUAACAACUAUCGAGCGGGUGAAGAGACCGUCUGCGCGGAGGCCACCACAAAGUCCUCGCUCUUAAAUAACGGCAGUAACAGCCCCUCCAGCCACGAGCAACCCACCUCACAGGGCAUGGGCUCCCCGUUUCUGCUGGCGGGACUCAUCGGGGGGGCUGUCAUCAUCGUACUCGUUGUCCUCCUCAGCAUCUUCUGCUGGCACAUGCACAAAAAGGGUCGCUACACAUCCCAGAAAUGGAAAUACAACCGCGGGCGGCGGAAAGACGACUACUGCGAAGCGGGCACCAAGAAGGACAACUCUAUCCUGGAGAUAACGGAAACCAGCUUCCAGAUCGUCUCCUUAAACAAUGACCAGCUCCUUAAAGGAGGUUACAGACUGCAGCCCAUAUACGCCCCAAAUGGGGGCAUCGCUUAUACAGACUGCCACAUCCCCAAUAACUUGAGAUACUGUAACAACAGCAGCGUCCCAGACUUGGAACACUGUCACACGUAACCUCCCGGCGGGGCGAGGAGACGCCGAGCCGCUCCGUGAAAGACUUUACCGAGACGUGACACAAAGACACAAGCGUUGCAUUUGAUAAAUGUUAGGCGGAUGCGUUUGUGCAUCGGGAAUACUCUGUAAUUUAUACUGUGUACUAUAUAAUGGAAUUUAAAGAAAAAAAAAACAUAAAAAAUCGCUAUCUUUUCUAUUUCCAGUUCAUUGCAAACGGUUUUGUAACUCUUUGCUUUUUAAAUCUUAAAAAAAAAAAAAUUAAAAAAAAUAA